AUGAAGAUCUUUGGUUGGCUAGUCGUGGCCUGUGUGGCCUGCAUGCCGCUCGGCCUCUGCGAUAUCACCCAAUGGAAGAUCGGGAUCGUGAUUUCCGACAACCUCAUGACAUCCAUCGCCGACUCGGCGAUCAAUGCCUCGCUCAUGGCGGUCCAGGAUGUGAAUGCCCAAGGCCUCCUUCCCGGCAUCACACUCUCGGCUGUGCAUCUCAACAGCAUGAGCAACCAGUAUAUGGCGGUUCAAAACGGCAUCAACUUGGCUAAUACCUCCGGCGUCGUCGGGGUUGUUGGAGAACUGCUGUCGUCCAUGACCUCGCCCCUCGCCCUCGUCACCAAGAACUUCAAUCUCCCCCAGUGCUCCGGAUCGGCAACUCUGACCACCCUGAGCGACAAAAGCACGUACACUACCUUCUUCCGCACGUUGCCUCCCGACAACUUCCAAGGACCAGCCAUUGCCAACUACAUAUACUCCAACAACUGGAGAAACGUGAUAUUGAUCUAUUCGAGCGACACCUAUGGAACGAGCUUGAUGCAGUCGUUUCAGUCUCGAGCACAAGCCCUUGGGAUCAAUAUCCAAAUCUCAAUGCCCUACAAUACUCCUGCCUCGAGUCCAUCAACAUUCUCAGGAAUAGCUUCCAGAAUACAGAGCAGUAGCUACAGAAUCGUCGUCAUACUGGGCUAUGAUUCGGACAUGCUCCUGUACUUGCAACUCGCAAGUAACAUGGGAUUGGUUGGACCAAGCUAUGUGUACGUUGGCUCCGACGGACUAUCCAGUAUCGUCUCCGAGGCCCAACCAUCCGAUCUCGCGAAUCUUCCCGGCAUCGUGUAUCUCUCGGCACUUGAGAGCGGAGGAAACUCAGUUUCACAGAGUUUGAACAGCAGGUUCCAUGCUGCAUACGGACAAUACCCCGAGGCAAACUCGCUUUUCUUCUAUGACUGGUAUGAUGCUGGAUCGCUGCACAAUUGGGCCAAGCCCUUCCUCGGGGCCUAUCAGAGCUUUCUACUCAACAGAAACAUCAACACCGUUCAAAAUGUCUAUAGUCGCCAAGCCAAUCUUUCCUUUUCCACUUUCCUGACAAACUUUACGGGCGCAACCGGGAGCUUGACUUUUACGUCCACAGGCGACCGAGUCGGCCCAUACGGUGUUACGAAUCUUCAGCGCUCUCCCAAUGGCGGCGGCAUCAACUCGCCUUUGCAAACCCAAGUCAUAUCCCAGAUGGUCAUGUCCUACUCGAACAAGGGGCCACUGGCUCUGGUGAUUGUUUACUCGAUUGGCGAGUGUCGAUAUGUCGUCGCAAUCUCGUUGCUGAAAUCUUCGGAGCGCUCGCAGACAAGUCUGGCCUUCAGCAUUGCUUCGUUUCUUGUGCUCAUCAUCUACCGAGAAAACCCUAUAGUCCAGCAAAUGUCGCUUCCGUUCCUUCUGCUCAUAAAUGUUUUCGCCAAUCUCCUGGUCAAGGUCUAUCGCAUAUAUCGAAUCUUUGACAACCCAAGGAUGAAAAUCGUCAAACUCAGCAACCUAACGCUCAUGGGAAUGAGUUUUGUUCUUGUUGCGGUCAAUAUCGCCAUCAUCACUGCCUGGAACGUUAUCGAUCCCUUGAGUCCUGUCCGCGUCACCACGAGUAGCUAUUGGUAUCUAGACUGCCAAUCAUCGAGUCCGCUGAACCAGAUGGGAUUCUCAUAUUCACUUUUGGCCUAUAAUGGACUCUUGCUUCUCGCCUCGACAUAUCUCGCAUACAAGACAAGAAACGUUUCUGCUCAAUACCGGGAGAGCAACUGGAUCGCAUAUUGUGGCCUCUUCAUUAUACUGUGUGGAUCGGUUGUGAUCAUCUUGCUGCUUUCGACAAACGACUAUGUUGGAACGUACUACCUCCGGCUGGGCGUCAUUGCCCUUGGAACCGUGGUCACGUAUUACUGUUUGAUUGGUCGUGUUAUCUUGACCAUCAUCUCGGAUAUCCUGGAUGCCGGCCUGGGAACUUCAAAGGGCCCGAGCUCCGCAGGAGGUGUUGUCGAAACCACUGCCUAUUUUGGAAGCUCGAGUUUGCCGAGACCCAAGUUCGAGGGCAAACGGGUGUUUGAUGUCAAGCUGAAGAGCACCACACCGUUCUCCGAGUGGAAGAAGGCACGCAUCAAGCUGUUUGAUCGGGAUUCGAUUCUGUGUCUCUACACCGUCAACGAGAAUGUGGAGGAGAAAACCAAGUCGGGAAAAUGCUGUCGCUUCCAAAAAUGCCUGGUCUCGUUUAUGAAUGGAAAGAAAGCACUCAAGUUCGCUAUCGGAAACGAGUCGUACUCGAUGAAAAUGAGCUCCGAGAUCGAGCGCGAGGAGUUCAUGCACGUCAUUUCUCAAGCUCGCUCGACGACAACGACGACUGCCAGACCAUCAGUGGUGGCAUCGGACCGCGGCGACACAUAUCGAACUGUCAAGACGCAGCAACCCACUGGCGCCGAUCAAGAGUAG